AUGGGGAAGCUCAGCCAGUUUGUGGCAGAGCACAAUGUUGCCCACAAGUUGUACAAGCAGACGCUUCUCAAUACGGUCUGCAUAGUUGCGGGCAUUGCCAUCUUCUUCUUCGGCUAUGACCAAGGCCUUAUGGGGGGCGUGAACACGACACGAAACUACGCGGAAUUGAUGGGAUUUGGCCAUUGGGAUGACCAGAAGCAGCUGGUCGUUGUCGACAAGCCGCUGCUGCAAGGCGGUAUUGUGAGUUUGACCCCGAAGCCGCGAUCCGUGUUCGCGUCCCGGCAGGAGUUGCUAACUGCGCUGCUCAUCGUCGAAAAGGUUGCCGUGUAUUACCUGCCCGGUACUCUGGUUGGCUGCCUUCUUGGGGGAUGGUUCGGUGAUCGACAUGGCCGCAUCACGACCAUCGGCCUCGCCUGCCUGUGGUGCGUCUUCGCGGCAGCUCUACAAUCCGCGGCGCAGAAUGCAAAUUGGAUGUUUUGCGGUGAGUUGCGGCCGGAGGGGAAGGGUCUCGCCGCGAUUCAAAGUGUUUUGGCUGAUCAUGAUGAUGCGUACAUAGCCCGGGUCUUGAACGGCAUCGGAACCGGUGUACUGAACGCCAUCACGCCCGUCUGGGCCACGGAGACGGCUGCCCACACAUCCCGCGGACGCUUUGUUGCCGUAGAGUUUACCCUCAACAUUUUGGGCGUCGUCGUGGCGUACUGGCUUGAAUUCGGCACUUCGAAGUACAAAGAUCCCAAUUCCUCAUUCAUCUGGAGGUUCCCCGUGGCGUUCCAGAUCGUACCCCUGGUCCUGCUCCUCGUCGUCAUUUGGUUCAUGCCCGAAUCGCCCCGUUGGCUCGUCAAGGUUGGCCGCGAGGACGAAGCCCGUCUCAUCCUACAACGUCUCAGGGGCGCCGAGGGCGAGGAGGGCAAGCAAGCCGAGGCCGAGCUGCAGGACAUCAUCAACAUCCGCGACCUGGAGAAGGAGACGUCCAACCAGCAGAGCUACCUGCACAUGUUGUUCGGCAUCGGAUCCGGCAAGCUGCACACCGGCCGUCGCGUACAGCUCGUCGUUUGGCUGCAAAUCCUGCAAGAGUGGAUUGGCAUUGCCGGCAUCACCAUCUACGGGCCUCAGAUCUUCACCAUUGCCGGCAUUGGCGCCUCGGACCGUCUCUGGGUCAGCGGCAUCAACAACAUCACGUACAUGGCUAACAGGGCGACCAAGUUCGCCACCCUCAUCUGCGUCUUCACGCUCGACCGCAUCGGCCGUCGAUGGACGCUGUACUGGGGCUCCGUAGGCCAAGCCAUAUGCAUGUUCGCCGCGGGCGGCCUCGCGCGCGCAACCGCCGAUGCCGCCGCCAGCGACCGCGCGCAGAUCGGCGGCGCGGCCACCUUCUUCGUGUUUCUGUACACGGCCAUCUUCGGGGCCACCUGGCUCACCGUCCCGUGGCUGUAUCCCGCCGAAAUCUUCCCCCUUCAGGUCCGUGCCAAGGGCAACGCCUGGGGCGUCGUCGGCUGGUCCAUCGGCAACGGCUGGUGUGUCCUUCUGCUCCCUUACAUCUUUGACAAGCUCAACGAGAGGACGCUCUACAUUUUCGGCGGCGUCAACGUGCUCACCAUCUUCAUCGUGUGGGCGCUGUAUCCUGAAUCGAAUCAGCGAACCCUCGAGGAAAUGGACCUCGUCUUUGGCAGCGACAGCAUCUGGGCAUGGGAGGCCGAGAAGAACUUUGCCAGGCUCAAGGACGAGGGCCCACGGCUCGUCGAGGCCGCCAAGUCGGGCCACGGAAGCUGGAACGGACUCGGGGAGACGUCAUAG